UUUGCUGCCUGAAUCUCGCCGUUGUGAGGUCGGCCAUUACGGAGUGCGAAACAAAGUUCAAUGAAGUGCAUUUUUCUACGCGUUAAAAAACCUCGAAACUCACAUCCACUACCGAAAAACGUUCCCGUUUACGCGAAGAUAGUUCGUCCAGUAGUUAUAUCGUUUUCUACUUGAAUGAGGACUCCCUAAAGGGAGAAAAUUGAAGAUAAAAGUUCUGGUUCGUGAAAGCAAGAGGCGAGGUGAAAGUCAUUUUGCGAUACGGCUGCAAACACGUAACAACCAGCAGGCUGGUUCCCUGCUGAAAAUAAUGGCGUGCAAGGGAGCCUCUUGUGUCUGGCCCUGGCUUCGAUGAAUGGAUGAUGAAAUUUUCAGACAACUCCAGAUCUGCUUGCCAUCGCAUACUUUUGCGAAUUCCUGAAGGAUAGGUUUCCAAGAAGAGUGACAAACAGUUGCAUUUGGGAUACUCACGUUUGGUGACAGACGAGAAUCAGUAAAUAUCCACACAGUGGGCCCACUUCACAACAUCCACAGGUAACAACAAAUCACUGAACUGUGUCUGCCAUAUUGAAUUUUUCUCUUGCAAACACAAACGUAACGGUGUAUUUGUGUGUGUGGCAGUCGACAGUGUGCCUGCCUGAGUACCGACUAGACAAAAUAAUCCUACCGAUAAUUAAAGCGGGUAUGUGCCGCAUGAGAAAAUUCUAGCCCAGAUCGUACGUUCUGCGUAAUUGUUUCUAAGGUUGUGAAAAAGAUGGUAGAAUUGCACCGCUGAAUAGUGAAACUGUCAGUUUUCCGUAAGUUUGGCGAAGUGAAGAAGCGGAAACUGUUUUGUGUAGCCCCACAACAGUGACAGUGAUUUCGCUGAUUUUUUUUCUGAGGUCUUACUGUAAACAUCGAUAAAACGGAUCUCGCGAUGGCGUCCAAUACAGGCGGAAGCUCAAGUGGGAAUGCGAAUAACGGUAGCGGAAGUUUGGCAAGAGACGAUUCCAAAUGGUACUUUACGGCCGAACAGCUGGCAAAUUCGCCUAGUCGCAAAUGCGGUAUGGAUGCUGACCAGGAACUCAUGUACAGACAGCGUGCAGCGAAUCUGAUUCAGGAUAUGGGCCAGCGGUUGCAAGUAUCGCAGCUAUGCAUAAACACCGCGAUCGUAUACAUGCACCGGUUCUACGCGUUCCAUUCUUUCACACAAUUCCAUCGGAACAGUAUAGCAGCGGCCGCACUGUUCUUAGCUGCAAAAGUUGAGGAGCAACCCCGCAAACUCGAGCACAUCAUCAAGGUGGUACAUAUCUGUCUUGCACUGGAGGCACCCGAUCCACUGAAAGAGAACUAUGCCGAGCAGGCCCAGGAUCUGGUGUUCAAUGAAAACGUGCUGCUGCAAACGCUCGGGUUUGAUGUGGCGAUAGAUCAUCCCCAUACGCAUGUCGUCAAGACUUGUCACCUGGUGAAAGCUUCCAAAGAUCUGGCUCAAACAUCCUAUUUCAUGGCAUCCAACAGCUUACAUCUAACCACCAUGUGUCUACAAUAUAAACCAACUGUGGUCGCUUGCUUUUGUAUACACCUGGCGUGUAAGUGGUCCCGUUGGGAGAUACCCCAAUCGAAUGAAGGACGCCAUUGGUUCCACUAUGUAGAUAAAACUGUUACGUUAGAUCUGUUGAAGCAACUCACCGAUGAAUUCCUGCACAUCUUCGAUCGUUGUCCUACGCGGCUGAAAAGCAAGAUGAAAUCCAUACGGGCAGAUCAGGCACUCACGGAUGAUUCAAGUCGUAGGAGUGGUACCAGCAAUUCCGGUAUGCCGUGUCCAUCGUCGUCUCUCACCGCGCGACCCAUUGAUGACGGUGGUUCGUCGUCUUCUAGUCACCACCGGUCGUCAUCACAUUCACAACAUUCGCACUCGAAGCAGAGUUCGUCUAGCGGGGACACAAUGUUGAAACCGUCAUCUUCUAGCCAGAAAGUUCCUUCAUCAUCUUCCUCGAGUAGUUCUCGUUCUCGCAGCGAACGUCCGUCGUCUUCGUCCUCACAGCAACUCCAUCAGCAGCAGAUGAUGACAAGUAGUGCCCAUUACGGGUCAAGUGGCGCCAACGUAAAAAUGCCACCGAUGCCUCACCAUAGUAGCGGUAGCAGCAGUCGGUCCAAUAUGCCCCCGCAAUCCUCAGCGUCAUCGUCUUCAUCGUCACGAGCUGGCUAUAUGCAUGACAACGCGCGUGAUCCUAAGAAUCGCAUGAUGCCGACCGCGGCUACGGGUAGUUCCUCGUCAUCAAUGCAGAUGCAUCCGUAUGGCCAAAAUAAAAUGGAUCGGCACAGCAGUAGCAACAACAGCCAGAAAAAUCAAACCUUGCCGCACAUGGAUAGCAGCAAGAAUCCAAUGAAGCCCCAAGGAUCAAUGGCACCAUUGUUUGGCAGCAGCCAAGAGGUGGCCCCGCGAACAUCUUCAUCAUCGAUGAUGAAACAACCGCAAGCACCGUAUGGAUCACAUCCACCUAGCUAUAGUCAAUCGAUGAGUAGUCGCAAUAAUAAUCUGCCUUCAAGUGAAUCUGUUUCCGUCCCUAAUCAGCCGCAACAGUACAAGAAUCAGUUGCAGCAACAGCAUCCACCUAGCGCCGAGUCGUCCUUCCGUCUCAUCGACGAUAGUAAUCGCUUAACGGAUCAUAUACCAAUGUGUACACCUCCAAAACAAUCAAAGCCUUCAUCGAUUUUCAGCCCGGAUUGGAAGGAUACGCAGGCGGAGAGCAACAAUGGGAGUAUCACGAAUGCUAUUACGAGCAAUAGUGGUGGUAAAUCUCGUUCGCAAACGCAGCUGACAGGUGCAACCAAAACUGUUAAAGAAAGUCCAAGUAGCAAAGAGAGAAAACCACUUCCAUUAUCAUCAUACCCGGAUCAACAGCAGCAACAACAGCAACAGCACCAAAAACAGCGUUCUGAAACCCCGAAAAAAGAGCGUCGUGCUGACCCAUUCACGGCACAGAGCGGCGGAACUCACCAGUCGAGAUCGAGUGAGAAAAAAUCUUCCUCUUCCAGCUCCUCUGGCAGUUUGAAAAGAUCAUUGGAAUCAACUUCUGCUCCACCAAUGCCGCUAGCCAUGUCUGGUAUGGCUGAUGUCGAUCUGCUAGGGCUGAAUAAACCAGCCAAGCGAUCCCUUCCGAGCAACGAACAAAUUCGUCAAGAUGAUGGAACCGAUUUUCGGGAAAAUAAGAUUCGAAAAGUCGAACCUCAAUCGCCAUCAGAGCAACUAUUUUCCUCCAGUUUCGACCUGUCCAACACUUUCGACAAGCAAGAUGAAGGGUUUUCAUUGUUCGCGUUCAACGAUCCGGGAUCGUUGCUAUCCCAGCCUUUACUUAGCGAUUCCAAACCGAUGGGCGCCAGCAAAAACAAUUUCCCCAACACGAUCAAUGGGAUUGAAACGAAUCCUGCGUUGGUUAGCAGUUUGCUCAAAGAAAGCCUUUGCAGUAAUGACAGCAAAUUUGGUACACUUAGCAGUGGUGGUUCCAAUACAGCUAUGACAGGGAAUGCAACCGCCAGUAACUCGAUGGCAUCUUUAUCGUCAACUUCAAGCAUGAGCAUACCGUCAAUGCUAAGCACAUUGUCAAAUGUACCUGAAACUAUCAAAACAGAGGCUCCCCCGGUGGACGUUAACGCCCCAUCAGCGAUCAGCAGUUUGCUCGCUCAAUCGGUAACCUCACUUAAUCCAAUCACAUCAACUGGCUCGGCAACUCAACACCUUACAACUGCGGCAACUUCAGGCAGUGCAGCGAGUAUGACAUCAGGCAGUGGAGAAAUUCAAACGCUUACAGGGGAAACCCUCGCAAUUCCUUCGAAAGAUGACGAACACCAUCGCUCCAAAUCCGAAAAGAAGAAGAAAAAGGACAAACACAAACAUAAAGAAAAGGACAAGUCCAAAGAUAAGGACCGUGAGGAUCGCAAGAAACAUAAAAAAGACAAGGAUCGUCACCGUGAACGCGAUAAGUCGGAGAACAGCGGCGAUCCCACACUCUCCAAUCCUCCGCCCGGUCCAAUCAAGAUCAAACUUCCAAAGGAUAAAUUAAAUCUGCCUGCGAAUAGCAAUCCGCAUGCUUCGGACUCUGGUCUAAAGAUUAAAAUUCCUAAAGAUCGUCUCUCGGGGGCUUCUUCACUGAGCACAACGGCCACUGGACAGGUAUCCACUGGAACGAGCUCCGCUGGUGAGAGCCAUCAAAUACCCGCACCAAAUCCUCUCAAAUUGAAAAUCUCAAAAGACAAAAUCGAACACUACAAUAUCAGCACCAGUGACGAAAAACCCUAUAACAGUGGACCAGGCCAUGGGCAUGCUAGCGGCGGCGGUGGCGGAGGCAAUACUAGUGGUAGUACUAACACUAGCAGCAGCAGCAGCAGUCAUCACGGCCACGGUAGCAAGAAAAAAGACCGUGAGAAAUCUAGCAAAUCUAGCAGCAAAUCGUCAACGAGCGGCGAUUACAGCAAGCAGAACGGUAACAGCGGUUCCUCCGCUAGCGGAAGCUCUUCCAGCAAGUCAUCCUCCAAUAAGCAAAACACUUCCUCCACACAGCAACAGAAACUUCCCUCGAUCAACGCGAUACAAUCGGCAUCGGGUUUGGGUCAGUAUCCGGCGAGCUUUGAUUACAUGCAGCAUGCCCAAGCACCGAUGCUGCAGCAGCAGCAACAUCAAUUCUUUAACCAAUUCGGUACGGGGAGUGCUCAACCGCAACAGCAAAUGCAGCCGCAGCUGAUGAUCAACAGCAGCGGUGCGCUUAAGAUACCCAUGGGUAAUCCUCCACCAUACUUCUACAACUCUAGUAAUCAGAACAAUGGCAAAAAAUAGUUUCUAGUACCUCCGCUGAGACGCUUGCGAAGCAAGCAAAAACAGACAAAAUGUAGUGCAUUAAGCUACUAAUCGCUUCAGGCGUACCGUUUUUUUUUUAAUUCUUGCACCAUUCAGUCCAUGGUUUGAGGAUCUUGAAUUUGUGUAUAUUGAAGACUUUUUCUAACACUGUUAUUUUCCAUCAUUGUAAAUAUUGGAUAGAGAAAAAACACACUGAACGCCUCAAUAAGCAAUAUUUAUAGUUCAGUUGGAAAUUUCUUCCAUCGGUAAAAACUACUAUUCCGAUAGAAAAUUAAAAUUCGAUAUAUAAUAAAAACAAAGAUAAAAAAUACGUUUAAGUGCACCAAAAAAAAGCGCAUAUUAAAAUAGCCUAGCAUGAAACUAUCUAUUCAACAGCCGCAUCAUGAGUCAACAGUUACUCCACACAGUAUCUGAAUCAUUUGAUGAUGAAUCAUUCACAAAUAUCCUAUUGAACGAGGAACGUAAAUAGCACGUGAUAGCUAUCGCUGAGUAGGUUUAUCGAUUCCUAUCACAGGCACGAAACAAGAAAAAAAUGAAAGAAAAAUAAAGUCUGACCUGAGUAGAGAGAGAAAACACAUUAAAACUAUAUCAGCACCUUGCAGCUGUACUCAUUGAUGAUGCAAUUGGCAUGAUAUUGUACUGAUUAGUAGACAAGCAAGGAUGUAGUUAGAUAAUAUCACACUAUUGUUCAUUAAUAACAAUAAUGAAUAUGCAUUGGAAAUUGCAAUAGUUCACAACACUAUUAUUCAUUACGGUUCAUUGGAAAAAUUGCGAAAAGAAUUGAUUUUUGAGUCCGAAAAGUCCCCCAAAGAGCCAGCAUCAAUCAGGUUUCAGUGAUCAACCACGUCGCUGGCC